AUGCCUCUGUCCGACUACUUUACGAGUCCUACAUCCCUCUACAACCGACAGAUUCUCGGCAAGCUGGUCGCUCGAGACCAGAUACCCUUCGUCGAUGAUGCAUUGCAGGUUCUCAAGAAGGCCCCUCAUUCUGGCCACCCAGACUUUGGGCACCUCAUCCUCCUCGUCUUUGAAGCUGUGCUGGAAGUGGUCUGCGUCAGUCUACCGGGAUACAUCGUGGCAAGACAGGGCAUUUUCGAUGCCGAGGGGCAGAAGCUGAUGGCCAAUCUGAACGUUAUGCUGUUUACUCCGUGCCUGAUCUUCACCAAGCUGGCGUCACAGCUCACGGCGGAGAAGCUGGCGGAUUUAGCCAUCAUCCCGGUGAUCUUUGUCGUUCAGACCUUGGUAUCCUUCCUGUGCGCUUGGAUUAUUGGGAAGGUGAUGAAGUUCAAAAAGAGACAGGCCAAUUUCUUGAUUGCUAUGGGGGUGUUUGGCAACUCCAAUUCCCUGCCAAUUUCAUUGGUCUUAUCGUUAUCCAAAACAUUGAAGGGACUACAUUGGGAUAAGGUCCCCAAUGACAACGAUGAUGAGGUUGGAGCCCGGGGAAUCCUCUACCUUCUUAUAUUCCAGCAAUUGGGUCAACUACUUCGCUGGAGCUGGGGUUACAAUGUCCUGCUCGCACCACCCGAUAGCUACACGGAAGCAGAAGGUGGGACCAAGAAGGAAGAUCGUAUUGAACGAGGACGAGGAGAGUUCCGCGAGGAUAUAGAUGAUGACCGAGGACACCGUCGGCUCCUGAGCCCCAACUAUGAUGGGAUUCGAGAUACCAGCGAGGACUUUGAGGAUUACGGUGACUACGAGGACGAGGAUGAUGACCAGACGCGGAUAGGGACCGAGUCGCCCACGAACGCGAAGUCGGAUGGUCUCAAAACCCCCCGUACUCCACACAACAGGUCGUCGAGGAAUUCUCCCAAUCGACAACUAAAUGGCUCCGCCCACGAGGCACCGGAUCUGAUGCCCACUCCAGCCAACGGCAUGGUGGCCCCUCAUCACCAUACCGACUACCCUGCCUGGCUGAAAUACCCAGACAACAAAAAGUACGAUGAAAACUGCGGGGGCGUGAGAGGACACAUCAACCGAGGAAGAAACGUGAUACGGUAUCACAUUUUGAGAAUUGGGCAUGUCAUUCGGACGAGGUCGAGGCGGGUCUUUGACUCUCUUCCCAAGCCGGUGCAGAAAGCCCUGUCGUACACUGGCGCAAAAAUUAGAGCUUUCCUGGCCGGCGUUUGGGAGUUUAUGAACCCACCGCUCUGGUCCAUGUUGGUUGCCAUUGUCGUGGCAUCUGUGCCCUACCUACAGCAUCUCUUCUUCGACAAGGGGACGUUCUUAGCAAAUUCCGCUACUCGAGCAGUGCAACAAAGUGGUGCCGUCGCGGUGCCACUUAUUCUGGUGGUGCUUGGAGGAAACCUUGCCAGAAACACCGUCCCCAAAAAUCAACCAGGAGAUAUCACGGACCCAAGGGAAGAGAGGAGACUGCUGUAUGCUUCACUGCUGGCGCGCAUGGUGUUCCCAACAAUUGUGAUGGCGCCUUUUCUUGCAUUGGUCGCCAAAUACGUCCCCGUCAGCAUUGUCGACGACAAGAUCUUCAUCGUGGUCGCUUUUCUCCUUACCGGGGCACCGUCAGCACUCCAGCUGAGCGCCAUCACACAGACCAACAACGUGUAUCCCACGGUCAUGUCAAACAUCCUCUUUCAGAGCUACGUGGUGUGGAUCCUGCCAUCCACACUGAUACUUGUUCUCCUGGCUCUGGAGACGGUGGAGUGGGCAACGAAUUGA